AUGGCGGACACGAUCGGAAAAUGGGCCCCUGGUAGCUCAUAUGGCCCCAUCCUGAGCCAGACCGACCUCUACCUCCUCGGCGUCGAGCUCGAGCUGAACCCCAUCCUCUCGAACUCCAGCGAAACCUUCCAGCUCAUCUUCAACAUGUCCACCGGCCAGACAGGUGGGUACAACCACGAGUCCCGCGACCGUGACAUCCCCUUCACCGCCAAGGACGAGCCUGCGACGAUGCCCCGCGUAGAGGAGCUCAUCAUCAUCACCGAGCACAGUCCGUGGUGCACGAUCGUCAAGAACUCGCAGGGCGUCACCCUCGGCGACGUCACCACCACGCUCUUCAGGGACUACACCGAGAAGACGGUCACCGAGAAGGAGUUCGAGUCCCUCCCGCCGCGUCUGCAGGAGCAGGUCCGGAGACACGCCUCCCAGCAGAACGCCGCGGGAUGGCAGCAGUACUACUCCCCUGCGCCCGUCGCGCCCUCACAGUUCCGCCGAGUCGACUGGCUCCGCGAACGCCUCUUUUUCGACAAGCUCAUCCACCGAGAGGGGUACGCGAAGGGCCGUCUCGGCUUCUCCGCCCCGAACGUAUAUGUUCUCUCCCUCACGGCCUACUAG